GGAGUUGGCGAUGCCGUUGAGUUUUCAUACGUUGAACGUUGGUGCGCCGAUUGUUGCGGAGGUUUUUAAGGAAUGAUAGAUCUUGUCAAGCGCAACACAUUCGUCAUCGAAAUGGUGUCUCGUUAUUACCCUUUUGGAGUUGUUCCUCUCUUUGAAUCUUCUCGCAUUAUUUCCGGACGUCCGAUCGAUGCUUGUUCAGCUUGUGAUACCCACGUUCUCCACACCCACAUAUCCACACCUCCACACUCCGCAUGAAUCCGGAGUAGAGCACUCCCAUCUGCCGAGAACCAGCAAUGCCUCCUCUUUUCGAGGGCAAACUCGUGAAGCAUGGUGCAUGAUGAAGGGACAUGAUCGUUGUUGAUUACGACGCAGACGGUCAUGAAUGCUACGCCCCAUCAUCUGCGGAGGCAUGUGGAGUACACAGAUCGGCAAGUGAGGAAGUUGAGCCGUGAAUGUGGGCGUACCGUAGCAGAAAAGGUCACAAUCCAUGUGUGCAUGUAGAGGUAUUUGUGCACGCUGUGAGUCCUCAGCAUUACAUUGCGUUAUCGUGUUUCCUGCUUUGUAGUUCAAUUCGUUCACUCCUAGAUCCAAUCCAGCAUGGAGACUUCAACGGUCGGUCCAAUACGAUACGCCGACCCCGAGUACCAGAAAUCUCACGACGGGCUUUUCGCCGGUCGUCCAAGAGGGCCAGUCAAGCAUGUGCUUCCUCCUGGAGUAGACCAAAUAGCGUUUGAAGAAGCAGUCUCGGAGCUGGUGGGAAUUUUGGGAGCAGAAUAUGUCUUCACGGCAGAUGCUUUGUCAGAUUACAUCGACCCUUACGCCACGGUUCAUGAACAGAGCACAAUUCCAAGCGCUGCGGUGUGUCCAGCCAAUGCCGAAGAGCUCCGAUCCAUUCUAGCUGUGGCGAAUAAGUACCAAAUCCCAGUAUGGACGUUUUCCAGAGGCAAGAACCUGGGCUAUGGAGGACCUUCGCCACGCGUAUCUGGCUCGAUAGCGCUCGAUCUGCAUCGCAUGAACCGAGUGCUGGAAGUCAACGAGAAGUUUGCGUAUGCCGUUGUGGAGCCGGGCGUGACGUUCCAAGAUCUCUACAAAGAGUGCGCCAGACAAAAGCUGAACGUCUGGCCAUCGACGCCAAGCUUGGGCUGGGGCUCUGUCGUUGGCAAUACGCUCGACCGUGGCCAAGGCUUUGUCCCGACUGCCAACCACUUCGAACAUGUCUCUGGCAUGGAGGUGAUGCUUGCAGAUGGAUCAAUUGUGCGCACAGGCCAGUGGGCACAGAGUAACAGUGCAUCAAGCCACCUGUCCAAGUUCACCUUCGGCCCCGGAAUCGAUAGCUUGUUCAUGCAGUCCAAUCUUGGUAUCGUCAUCAAGAUGGGAAUCGGACUCACGCCAGCGCCCGAGGCCAUCCUCAGCUGCAGCUUCUGGAUGCCAGAGGAAGAAGACAUCGACGUGAUCGCCGACGUCUUUGGCGAUCUUCGACGGAGGCAGAUUCUGUCAAGCACGUACGCCUUCAACAUCGUGGAAUGGGCUUCAAUUUUCGGAAAACGCCACGAUUGGUGGAGUGGGAGUGGACCAAUCCCCAGCUGGCGCUUGAAGGAGAUUCAGCAGCAGCUUGACACGGGCCACUGGACGGUGAGGUUCAGUUUCUAUGGCCCGCCAACAGUGAACAAGGCGCAGUACGACGAAGUGGUCAAGAGCGUUCUGAAGCGAGUGCCUGGAAGCGAAAGUCGCUUCAAAUGCCAAGAGUUCCGCUCCGACGACGGAGGGGCGCUUGACGCUGCGAGCGUGCCGAUGCCUUACGGGGGCAUGUUCGUCGGCGUGCCGACAUUGUGGAGCUUGCCAUUAGUCAAUUUCGUGGUGCGGUCCAGUGGUGGUGUCGGUGCGCAUGGGGCCUACGCGGCGAUAAUCCCGCUCGACGGCGCGGUGAUGCGCGAGUGGGUGGUGACGGCGCGGCAGGUGUACGAAGCGCAAGGCCUGGACGCCAUGUGCGACUUCUUCAUCCACGAGAAGCACGCCGUCUUCGUGUGCAUGUUGAUCUUCGACAAGACCGAUCCCGAGCAUUGUGCCGCCACCGACCGCAUCUUCUUCAGGCUGUUUGAGGAGGGCAAGAAGAGAGGCUUCAGCAAGUACCGCGCGCAUGUCAAUCACAUGGGUGAGUUGAUCUCAUAUCGCUUCCAAUCUCCGAGCAUUGUGGUGCUGACGCGUUCGUGCCGCAGACCUGGUCGCGGAGCAGAACGACUUCAACGGCUUCGCGUACCGCAAGUUCGUCGAGCGCUUGAAGGACGCCGUUGAUCCGAACGGAAUUCUUUCGCCGGGCAAGUCAGGCAUCUGGCCGCAGAGCUAUCGACAUCUGCGCGAGACAACAGAGCAGAUCCAUGAAGCGUUUGGGUAUAAGUCUGCCGUGCGCCAUGACUCCAUCAAUGGAUGUGGUGAUGGAAAAUAAGCGCGUGGAAGAUGGGAAUCAUGGGAUGUGUUAUGAUUGUUG